GCAGAGAGCCGCGCGCGGCGCCCGCUCGGCAGCGCCUCCCGCAGCGGCGGCACCAUGUGGCAGCCGGCCAGCGAGAGGCUGCAGCACUUUCAGACCAUGUUAAAGACUAAGUUGAAUGUCCUAACUCUUCGGAAGGAGCCUCUCCCAACAGUGAUCUUCCAUGAACCAGAAGCCAUUGAGCUGUGCACCACAACUCCCCUCAUGAAGACCCGGACUCACACUGGAUGCAAGGUUACAUAUUUGGGUAAGGUCUCCACAACAGGGAUGCAAUUUUUGUCAGGCUGCACAGAGAAACCAGUCAUUGAAUUAUGGAAGAAGCACACGCUCGCCAGGGAGGAUAUUUACCCAGCUAACGCCCUCCUGGAAAUUCGCCCUUUCCAAGUCUGGCUGCACCACCUGGACCUCAAAGGUGAGGCAACAGUCCACAUGGAUACCUUUCAGGUAGCACGUAUAGCCUACUGCACUGCUGACCACAACGUCAGCCCAAACAUCUUUGCUUGGGUCUACCGGGAGAUCAACGAUGACUUGUCCUACCAGAUGGACUGCCAUGCUGUAGAGUGUGAGAGCAAGCUAGAGGCCAAGAAGCUGGCCCAUGCCAUGAUGGAGGCCUUUAAGAAAACUUUUCACAGCAUGAAAAGUGAUGGCCGGAUCCACAGGAACAGCUCGUCAGAGGAAGUGUCUCAUGAAUUUGAAUCUGAUGAUGGCUGACUGAACUCAUUCACGGUUCAGCAAAGGCAGAAAUGGCCUAGGGAAUGAGAGCUGAUUGAUGAAUAAGCAACAAUUGAAACUAGGGAAUGAAAGGACUGCCAAACGCUUGCCUGACCAGCUUUUUCAAUCAAAAGAGCAAUUCGGUACCUACAGAUACGCAUCGUCCAAGUGAUUACCUUACAUUGAAAUCUGCUGCUGUUGUAAAAGUGAGGAAAAAAGCUCCCUCCCCAUCUCUCUCUCCCACUCGUCACUGUCCCUUUCUCAUCUCUGUAGUUCAGGUGCAUAGCAUGAAGUAGAGUCAUUCCUGUUUGUCUUAAAAGACUGGUCAGGCAAAUUUAUUAGUUUCUCCUCUGGCAUUCUUAGCUGGGAGCUGAUGCUGUUGCAAAAGAGCAAGUAGACCUGGAAAGUUUUAUGGUUCCUGAAGAAUCUUUCUCCGUGAUGCAUCACAACAGUCCUUUGACCGAACAUAGGCUAAGAGAGCCAUACGUAGCCUUUAGACUAAUGGCCUGGCAUUCUGCAGUUAAUUCACAUUUCACAGAUAAAAAAUGAAAGAAGACGCUUGUAUGUACACAUUAUAUCAUAUGCUAUCCUUUAUUUUAUUCAUUGUACCUGUUUUCUUAAUAUACCUGCUGCCAUGUCUUUCACCCAACACCAGUAGUUGCAGUUUCAGACUGUAUACUGCAGGAUACCAAAAAGAGGAGGGCAGAAAUAUUCUACAGUGGCUAGAGGUACAGCAAGCCAGCGCCACUGUCUGCGUUUUCCAACCUCGGUGUGCUCCGCAGGAGGGAGGUUUCCUGGUAAGAGCUGAAGGACACUUGGGUGUGUCAGCCUUUGAACUACGACUUCUCAUCAACCUCAGGUCUGAAGUGAUGUGAGUGUGGUGGCCUCAGCUCCGUGGUACCAGUCUGGCAUUGCUGGUCAAGUGACCCUGGUAGGAUGGAGCUCGUGGUGCCUCGUCGUGCAGCCAGGGCUGCGUUGCUGUAAAGAUCAAAGGAAGCAAUCCCUUAGGAGUCAGGUUUGAACAUCUGUUCUGGUUGGGAAGCUCAUGUUAAAAUUCCCGUAUCUUUCCUUGUUCACAAAUAUACAGUCAUGGCUUUCUUAAAAGCAGAUGUUUAAUAAAACUCAGAUAAAAGGAACAACUUGUUUCACUUGACGUUUUUUAAGGCUAAGAGCAGAUCAGUAGUUUGCAAACAAUGCUGCUCCUUUACCAUAAUUACGAACAAAGUUGUAUAAUGUUAGGGGCACUAGGGCACCUUACAGAAGCCUUAAAAUAAAGCUAAUCAAAGCAGA